AUGCAAAGUGGUAUUAACCGGCAACAUUCUCUGAGGGAGAAGUUAAAAUCUUCCAUAUGUUGUUUCUCAGGAACAUCGCAUAACGAUUCCCUAGAACACGGAGAAGGGUUUUACAGCAAAUUUCAUAUACCCAGAACGCCAAUUUCUCCGGCAGGCUCCACGUCAUCUUUUUCGUGGUUCAAACUAAAGUCACCCCCGGGCACCGAUUUCGGGAAUGACUCGCAUACACGUGUGAGGGGACGGAGUCUAAAGUCCCGAUUGAGUCGGAAGCUCCUCCAUAACCGUCAGUCACAGUCGGCGGACUUUAGCUACGACCCUUCCAGCUACGCCCUCAACUUCGAGAGCGAAAGCCCCGAAGAGUUUCCCUUCAGAAACUUCAGCUCACGGUUGCCGCCCUCGCCGCCGGUCGAAUAUUCCGGCCACUGA